GAAGCUCUGCUCCUCAGCCUUCUCCCUGUCUGAAGAGGAGCUGCUCAGGAUGAGGCAGGAAGUUCACGGUUGCUUCGCUCAGAUGGAUAGGAGCUUGGCUCUGCCCAAAAUCCGGGCCCGUGUCCUGAUGCAGCAGUUUCAGACUGCCUGGCGAGAAGCAGAGUUCCUGAGGCUGGACCAGGCCCUGGCUGCCCCUGAGCUGCAGCAGCAGUCCAAGGCGAGAAAGCCGCGCUCCAAGAGUAAAAGCAAGAUAGACCUUUUGAGGAAGUGCAUUGAAGACAAAAUUCAGCUCUUUGAGGAACAGGCCCCUGAAGACCUGGUUGAAAAG